AUGGGCGGCUAUCAGUCAAGUGCUCAAAAACCGUCGAAACCUGAAACAACGCAUAGAAUCACAAGCGAUCAGCCGAAAGUCUCCAAUACGGCGUAUUAUAAGUUGCCGAUGGCGGCAGCGCCUCAAGUGGCGAAAAAGAAAUCGGAGCAAGAGAAAAAACCAAUGAAGCACGUUGAAAAAUUGCAUAGCACUGAGAGUUCCGAUUCAGGAUCUGAAGAAAUGAUAAUUGAGCUUGACCCGAAACUAGUAGCUGAACAUUCAUUGGCACCAUUGUCUGAUAUUGAUUCUGAUGAAGCUUCCUUAAAAGAUGACAAGCGAGGAUCUACGAGUGAUAAGGAAGUGGCCGAGCGCAAAAUACAGGAAGCUUUUUUCAAUCCUCAUCCGAGCUUCGUCUGCGCCACACCGGUCAUUAGUGUUAAUCGAGAAAAGGUUAUAAAUGGCGGAAUCAUUCCCGAAUUUGUAAGCAAGGAUAUAAUAUUUUCGGAUGAAUGCGUUGUUUAUGAUAUUCCGCUGGAGACCGUUGGAAUCCGAUUGGUCAAAAAUCGCAUUUCUCGAUCGAGAUCCGAUCCUUGGAGGCGACAUGGCGCGCUUAUGAAAAUUUGCGAAAUUGGGGGAACUAUCCCGGAAACGAAAGGCCGAAUGAAGAAUCAAAGGUUCACACAUGUCAAGAAGGGAAGUGCACCUCCUCCAGCUCCAAAGACAAAACCUUUGACUACCGUCGACGAAUUUAUGAUUUUCAAAAAAAAAUCAAAAGAAAGCGAAAAUGACUGA